CCCGCGCCGCCCCGGCUACUGCACCUCGGGGGGCAGGGCCCCCAGAGAGCCCUGAGCGCCCGGCGGUUUCAUUUUCCUUCACCAAUACUUCAAGGCACAGAGGAGCUGGUAAAGGCAUUGCCAUGAAACCUAACUUGAAGCAAUGGAAACAACUCAUGCUGUUUGGUAUCUUUGCAUGGGGUCUUCUUUUCCUGGUGAUGUUCAUCUAUUUUACAGAUAGCAACACCGCUGAACCAGUUCCAAGUUCCUUUUCUUACAUUGAAACUAAGAGACUUCUGCCCCUUCAAGGCAAGCAGAGAGUCAUCAUGGGAGCCAUUCAUGAUCCAUCAUUCUCUGAAACCAUUGAUGGGAAUGAGGUACUUCUUAAUGAAGAUCUCUUAGGUACAUUUAAAUCAGAGACUGGAAAUUCUAAGAAAUGGACUGUAUUGGAAGAUGCCUUUAGAAAUGAAGAUGAGUUUUUUCCAUCCCAGUUAGGAAGAAAAUCAAAAAGUGAUUUCUACCAAGUGAAUGAUGAUUAUUUAUUUGCUGCUGGUCAGCCUCGGUCACACAGCCACCUUCAAGAGAUAGAAAAAUUCAUCUCAGCUGAUGUGAAUAAUGCAGAAGUAAAUAUUUUGCAGAACAACUGGAGCCAUCAGAGAAGAAUGAGGAGAAGGAGCACAAAGCAUAGCAGAAGCCAGAUGCUUGAUGAAUCUGAUGACUGGGAUGGGCUGUAUUCUACAAUGUCGAAAUCCUUUCUUUACAAGCUUUGGAAAGGGGAUGUCUCUUCCAAGAUGCUAAACCCUCGACUGCAGAAGGCGAUGAAAGAUUAUUUGAGUACCAAUAAGCAUGGGGUGCGGUUCAAGGGGAAACGAAACUCCAAGUUGACAGGAGACCAGCUAUUCUGUGAGCUAAAAGAAAGAGUGAAUGUGAAAACAAUAGAUGGCAAGGAGGCUCCAUUCUCCACUCUUGGAUGGGAAAAGCACGUUCCCCAAAUUCCACUGGGCAAAUUAUAUACACAUGGCUUUGGGAGCUGUGCAGUAGUUAUGUCUGCUGGUGCAAUACUGAACUCCUCUCUAGGAGAUGAAAUAGAUUCUCAUGAUGCCGUUUUAAGAUUUAAUUCUGCUCCAACACGUGGCUAUGAAAAAGAUGUUGGAAAUAAAACAACCAUGCGGAUCAUUAACUCUCAGAUUCUCACCAAUCCAAACCAUCACUUUGUUGACAGCUCCUUGUAUAAAGAUGUUGUCUUAGUUGCCUGGGAUCCUGCUCCCUACUCUGCAAACCUGAAUGUGUGGUAUAAGAAGCCAGACUACAAUCUGUUCACUCCCUACGUACAGCAUCGUAGGAAGAAUCCAACCCAGCCGUUUUACAUCCUCCAUCCAAAGUUUAUAUGGCAGCUCUGGGACAUCAUUCAGGAGAACACUAAAGAGAAGAUACAGCCCAACCCUCCUUCCUCGGGGUUUAUUGGUAUCCUCAUCAUGAUGUCCAUGUGUAAUGAAGUACAUGUAUACGAAUACAUCCCUUCAGUCCGGCAGACCGACCUAUGUCACUACCACGAACUCUACUACGAUGCAGCUUGUACCUUAGGGGCCUACCAUCCACUGCUCUACGAGAAGCUCUUGGUGCAGAGGAUGAACAAAGGUUUGCAGGAUGAUCUGUAUCGGAAGGGGAAAGUCAUUUUGCCAGGGUUCAAAGCUGUCAAGUGCCCCAAAAGAAAUUUCUCACACUUGUAGAAGUAAGUCCUUCAGAAACAAUGUGCAAUAAGGUACUACUGUCGUACUAUAAACAAGAAGAGAAUACUUGAAAAAACGUAUCUUAGACCAAUCUAGUCUUGAGUCUAUAAAUUGUAAUUAAGUAGCAGGCAUGAGAAAUACUUCUUUUCUGAGCCUGAGUAUUUAUUACUGCUUUGCAAAUAGUUACAGAAAAAGAAAACAAAGGCUUAGCUCAUGAAGGUGCAAAGGACAUACUUAGGCAGAAAUAUAAUGUAUCGUUGUUGGUGUGAGUGUCAGAAUUUGUCGGUGGUCUCUUAUGCCACAUAUGCUAGACUGUAAUUUUUUUUAAUGAACUUAUUUAACUGUCAAACCUGACAUUGUGAAACAGCCUCUAUUGUUCAUGUAUGUACAGAACGGCCAGUUGAACAAUGCAGUGUUUCCCAUGGCUUUGUAAGAUUUUCAGACUCUCCCAAAAUGAAGUAAUUGCUACUCCAAGCUAUGCAGUCAUUAACUGGAGUAGACUGUAAUGCCUGCUCAUAUGCAGGCUCAGUUACAGGCCUCCAGCUGUACAGGGGCCUUACGGUCGCUGUGAAGUCAGUGCAGUCAGAGGUGGCUGUACACACAGCCAAACCCAUUAAACUACUGGAUGUACUUCUCAUGCCAGACUCCUAUGCUCACACUGUCUGCAGAGGGAAGAGAGAAAUAUCUCAUUUCUUUAGAGAAAAACAAACAUAUUUGUAACCCAUUUAGGAAGAGAAACUAAAGUAUUAUCAGGAAGGUCUGAGAUGGGCAUGCUGCCUUCCCCCAGUCUGCACAAUACAGAAUAUCCAGAGAAAGCCAAGGGAGGCUGUGCAGCACUCACACAUCACACUGAAAGCAACCAUAGAGGGGGGUCACCUUUCUGCAACAAAGAUAGCAUACAGGAAUAUAGACAUUAUUUGUUAAGUAUUUCAUUGGUAUCUGAAUCAAAGUCACUUAAUCACAAUUUAUUGCUGAUAAGAAAGUAGAGGGAGCGUUCUGACAAAAAGAAGACGAUAUCAGUAUUUUUUACUUAAUGUUUGAAAGACUAUACCCCAGAGAAGCUGUAAUGCCUCAAAAAAGCCUGACUACAGAUUGCAUAUGGAGAUAGUUUGAUAUUUUCACUCAAAACACACAAUGAGAAUAUUCUCUAAGGCAGUUCUAAAAAUACGCCCGAUUGCUAAUAUAUUUAAAACCUUAUUUUCCUUAUUUCCCAAGACUUCUGUUUCAGAUUUUUCAAGUGGCAGGAUGUAAAUGGGUUUUUUUUCAGUAUUUUGUUUGGGUUUUUUUCCCACACAACUGUACUCUUUCUUUUAGAGUAAGUUUAGCAGAAACGUGUGUAUACAAAAGCACAGCUAUAUCCUACUCGUAUCCAUUCAGUAAAAAAGCAGACAGCUCAAAGAAACAUUGAAAAGAAUAGCUGAGUGGUUGUGGUGGAAAGUAUUUUUUGUGUUUUUACUUAAACAAAAAGACUUUUGCCAGAAAGGCAAAAGAAUGCAAACAACAAUAAUGACUAUUUAAUCUUCAAUUGUAAUGUAAGUAUAAUCACAAAAUCCUUUUUCUCUCAGUCUGCUCUUUGGGAAGCAUUAUUUUCCUUCUUCUAAAACAAAGAAUGUGUGUUUUACAUAGGACUUAGCCUCCUUUUAGGGCUUUAUGAUGAUCUUAAGAUUCUUACUGACAAAAAUUAUGUCCAGAUGAUCUAAUAACUGUACUUCUGUGCUGUAUGGAUUGUUAUGUCCAUAAGUCAUUUUGGUACAUGCCAAAAUGAAUAGGUUUUACUUAUAUUAGCCUUAGACUCUGGAUAUAUUACAUACCAAUUUCUUUUUAAUGUUAUAUAUGGUGGCAACUUUUAUUCUUAAAGUUAAUAACAUUGUUACUUAAUGUGUGGGGAAUAGAUAACCUACAUAGAACUAAUCUCUUUUUCCAUAUGUUUGGUACCCUGUUUGCAAAACAUUCAAAGUCUGAACAGUGCAGUCAAACAGGUCUCUCUCUGCUGUACACUGUGUUAGCUAUGACAUGUUUGUAAAGGAAGGGAGUUGAUUAGCUUUCUAAGACUAGUGAAUAUGCUACUUUUCAAUAAGCAGCAAAUUCUCAAGUUCCAAAGGAAAAAAGUGAAUAUCACUUUGGCCUGCAACCACUAACUUUUAACUUUGAUUUUUGCAAAGAAAAAUACUAACUGCAUUGCUCAACUACCCACAGCAGGAUUAUGUAGUAUUACUCCCUCAAAAAUUUGUCAGAAUAAUCAACAUAGUUGUUGUACAGAACAAGGAAAAUUAUAAAGUUUCACCUAACAAGUGCUAAGCAUACCUACUUAUUACAUCAUUUAUAUACCAAUGCAGAACCAGGUAUGAGAUGUUACAAAAUGAACUGUAUAUUUUUAAUUUACUGGACCGCACAUUCAAGCCCUCACAGCCAAAAUCUUUUCUUUGCCGUAUCCUUAUUGUAUGGCAGUCAGUUGUCCUUCCACAAGUGCAAACGUGGGUGCUGUAGCACCAUCACCUCAGAAGAUGCCGCAGAGCUGUGCUGCAAAUGCUUGCUCACAGAGGAGGAAGACCAACCUGGGGUGCCAUCUUUAAAAAAUAAGCAUCCCUGGUGUGGCUUCCCAACACUGGUUUACACUGUGAUGUUUCACUGGUCUACCUGGUCAAACACCUUGUAGUUGCUUAAAGAGCAUUUUCUCUCCUACCUUGUCUUGUCCUCCUUCGGUUUUUGGCACAAGUGCAAGUUCACAAGUUACUGCUGUUAAGACAGUAGAGAGAGUUUUCUGACAAAAAGAAGAGGAUGUAAGCAUUUUUUACUUAAUGUUUGAAAGACUAUACCCCAGAGAAAUUGUAAUGCCUACAAAAAAAUUUGUGUUUGAACUGCUAACUGAGGGCUCACCUCCACUUGCUGCAAGGGUGGAAGGGGCAGAAAUAAAGGGGAAACAUAAAGGACCUGUGGAGGUGCUCCCUCCACCACUGCUUACACUCUGUCGCAUUGGCAUUGUUGCUUUUAUGAGAGCCCACCAAGUAUUUCUGCAUUAAUGGGCAUGUCCUCAUCCCUUGUGAGGGCAGAGAGAUCUUUACAAAGAAUUGUGUUCAGUAAAUUUAAAACAAUGAGCGUGCAACAAUACUGAACUGUGUAUCUUUUAAAAAUAAUAGAAGAGUGCUGCUUUUAUAUCUAUACAGUAAACGCAGGAAUGUUAGAGGAAGUGCAUUUUCUCACCAAGAUCAUGGGGCUUUUUGGGGAAAAGAUACAGGCAUGGCUUUGUAGCUCUUCAGUGUGGUUGUCGCACACUAACAGAGUAGAACAGCACUGUAAACAAGAGAGGUUUGCACAAACCCAGCUUGUGAGGUGCAUCAUCAGCCAAGCAAUUGCCUCUGCUAUUGGACCCCUCGGCUCCCUUCACACUUGUUGCAGGUUUUAAAUAUAUGGAGUUUUACUGACAAGUAGGAACAAGUUGCCUUCAAACACUGUGGAGCCUCAUUGCUGUGCCCUGGUGCUCUGGACAACAGCUGAAGUUAGCUGAAACAAACCAGAAACACAGCAGCAGCUUAAGGAAAUGUGCUGAGUUUAUGCUGAAUUUCAUUAUGCUCCUUUUUCCCCACUGUGAAUUCUAUAGCUUUUCUGACUUGUGGUCCUCUAUCAUUUUAUGCGUUCAGCCUUUGGAUGGUUAAAUCAAGGUAUUCUUCUGUUUAUUCAAGAAAAAAAAAAUCUUUUGCUUCAUUUUGGGUCAAAAUCUUUUUACUAGAAAAAAACAUUAAAUUGUUCUAUUUCUCUAUAAUUCUAAAGGUUACUACAGCAUAAACUCACAGUUCAGUCAGUCAUUCCCUGGAUUAAACUGCUACAUCUUUUUUUACCUUGCUGUGCAGUUUUAUGCCAUAGAAACUCUGGUAAAUUCACUGACAUUAACAAUAUAUAAGAAAUAAUGUACCUUUGGAGAGGAAGGGGGGUGAUAUAAACACUCUAAUCUACAGUCUUACUGUACAAAUUUAAGUUAAGCGUUGCUUGUCUUUAGUCAGGACAUUUUCUUUGGUGAAGAGAUCCAAAUUCUGAACUUUUUGCUAUAAGUUGCCAGUGUCAGGAAACCCAAGACAGUCUUUUUCUUAAAUGAAGACAAGUGUCUACACUCACACUCUGUUGCACAGACUGAAUACAGUCAUUUUAGAAACUGAUUUCAUGAAACAGAAAUUUAAACACACGUGUAGACCAAUCCGUAGUGGGGGUUUUAAUUUCCUUUUUCUUCAGCAGUUUUUAAGGAUGGAAAAUGCCAUUUGGACAGUGACACAGAUGUACCAUGAAAGGAGUGUUAAAUGAAUUGACUGCAAAAAUAAAUGGCUACUAUUUUUCCCUUCGUGCUCUCUAAAGUUGAUGUGUAUUGAAUAAAUGAAAUUGUUCUUUGAAGUAGGUAAUUCAGAAGCCUGUCACUAGAAAGCAUCUGAAUCUUUGCCAGCACAAAGCAGAUACCUGAUUUAAUUGUUUGAAAUUUAUUGUAGCCCAUGUCUGGGCAUACCUGCAUCAUUGAAUGAAUUUUGACACUGCAGAUGUCUUCUCUCUGGCUUAGUGAUCAGAUUCAGAAUUUUGUUCUUGAAAUAAGAGUUGUGUGUAAAAGCCUUACUUUUCUUUAUAUCAUCUCAUCACUCUUAUAAUAUGUAGUCAUUGAACUAUUCAAAUAUAGACUGUGUACUUUUUUAAUAGCUUUGAGAAUUAUUUUAUAUGAUGAUUUUUUUAAAUGAAUGUGUACUCUAAUAACAAAGCUUAAGAUUUUACAGGAGUCACAUUUUUAAGCAGUGUUUGUAUACAUUUUAACACUUUUUAUAUUUUCUAUUAUGAUUUUGUAUAUUUUUAUGUAUGCACAGUGUACAGAUUUUUUCCUGUAAAUAAAACAUUUGUUUU